AUGACUUGGACCAAGGCAGGCGCCCAUGGCGCCAUGGGGUUGCGCCAUCUCUUGUCGCUCGUGCUGGCUGUGGCACUCGCCGUGCUGCCGCCGCCAUGCGCGGCGGUUGAAGUGCAGCGGGGUGCGAGCAGCUCACCCAUCGUCACUGACCCAGCCGAAGUGGAGGUGCUGCGGGCGGUGAGGGAUGGCAUAACGAACGCAGUGGAGUGGCUGCCGCACUGGGCGGACGAGUUUGACCCGUGCGGCCCGCUGGGGUGGACGCCCGAGAUCAUCUGCAACAUCUCCGAUUCAGGCGCCGCCACUGUCACCUCCAUUACCUGCGGAUCAGCCAUCCUCACCCCGUUCGCCCUCCCUACACCUCCCCGUUCCUCUCCGCCCUGCAGCUCACUGCGUGCGGGUCUCGUGGGGUCGCUCUCGCCUGCAGUUCUGCGCCUCCCCAACCUCGAGUCGCUGGUGUUAGGGCAGGUCAGUUUCAACGCCACAGCACUGCUGCCAAUCAUCAACGGCCUCACACAGCUCAAACAACUCGCGCUCAUGUCAACAGCGCUCAACUACCGUGCCAGCCAGCUCGCCCUUGCCAACAUGACGCGCCUGCAGGACCUCUGUGCUGCCGAGCCUGUGAGCUGUACUGCCGAGCCUGUGAGCUGUGCUGCCGAGCCUGUGAGCUGUGCUGCCGAGCAUGUCAUCUGUGCUGCCGAGCCUGUGAGCUGUGCUGCCGAGCAUGUCAUCUGUGCUGCCGAGCCUGUGAUCUGUGCUGCUGAGCCUGUGAGCUAUACUGCCGAGCCUCGCGUGGGCCUGUCAGGCCGCCUCAGUGACCUGCACCUGCCGCUCAUGCCCUCGCUGCUGCGCAUAGACCUCUCCACCAACUCGCUCUCAGGCUCCAUCCCGCCGGCGCUCGUCGCCUCGCCUGCCCUCGUCAACCUCAUUCUGUUCGGCAAUGAGCUGGAGGGGGGCCUUCCAGACAACUUCACCACCGCCACGUCGCUGCAGCACAUCGACCUACAGAGCAACAAGCUGACGGGGUCCAUCCCCCAGUCCAUAGAGACCACGCCCUCUCUCUACUACAUCGACCUCUCAAGUAACGGCCUGACGGGGGAGAUCCCGCAGAUCUACAAGGAGUGCUCCUUCGUUGAGCUCUCGCCCUUCCUCAACCUGUCGAGCAACGGGUUGACGGGGUACCUGCCGGGGAGCAUCGGCGAGUACUCUCUGCGCAACGUCAAACAUUUCGUACUGGACGUGAGUCACAACAAGCUGGAGGGAGACAUUCCCCAGCAGCUCAUGCUCUCGCAGUCCACUCUCCUUCUGGACGGAAACGCUGGUUUCUGCAACCACCCGGGGUACCCACCGUGCCCGGCCCGCGCCCCCGUCGCGGUUGACUCUACCACCUCAGGAGACUCGUCAAAUGACUCGCAGCAGCAGCAGCAGCAGCAGCAGCCGCCUUCAUCCGGCCUUUCCCCUGCAGCAGUGGCGGGCAUAGCAACAGCGGCAGUGGCAGGUGUGGCGGCGCUGGUGCUGGCAGCGCUGGUGCUGGUGCACAUUCGGCGCGCAGAUGGAGAGCGGAGGGAGGAGGAGCAGGGGCUGAAGGGCAAGGGCGACCCCAGCGAUUCUGUCAGCCUCUGGCUGCCUGACUCGGGGGUGGGCGGCAAGAAGGGCGCCAGCGGCAAGUGGACCUCUGCGGACUCUGGCGGCAAGUCCAAAGUGUUUUCGGAGAAGGCAAAGAAGGCGGCAGCAGCGCGGCUGGAGGGGUCGCUGCUGUUCUGCUUGGACGAGCUGAUCGCCGCCACCAACGGCUUCCACCCCACGGCGCUGCUGGGGCGGGGGGGCUUCGGCCACGUGUACCACGGCGUGCUGCCGGCACUAGACGAGGGCGAGGAGGGCGAGGCGGUGGCCAUCAAGGUGCUGCACUGGGAGGAGGGCGAUGCGGGCACGGGUGGGCAGGGCGAGAGGGAGUACGAGACGGAGGUGGACCUGCUGAGCCUUGUGAGGCACCGGCAUCUCGUGCGGCUGGUGGGGUUCUGCAGCGAGGGCCAGCACCGCAUGCUCGUGUACGAGUACAUGCCCAGGGGGAGCCUUGCACAGCACCUUCAUGGCGGGCAGGAGGCGAGGCUGCCGUGGUCAGCGCGGGUGCGCAUCGCACUGGGCGUGGCGCGUGGGCUGGCGUACCUGCAUGAGGGGUGUGUGCCGCGCAUAGUGCACCGCGACAUCAAGCCCAGCAACGUGCUGCUGGACGCCAACAUGGAGGCGCGCAUCGCUGACUUCGGCCUCGCCAAGAUGCUGCACGACCAUGAGCGCGACGUUGCCACCCGGGUGCAGGGCACGUGGGGGUACGUGGCACCGGAGUACCUGGCGGGGGCAGCGGUGAGUGAGAAGGUGGACGUGUAUGCCUUCGGUGUGCUGCUCCUCGAACUCGUCACCGGCCGUUCUCCCCUCGGCGACUCCAAGCUUGUCACCUGGGCGGAGGAGGUGGUGGCGAAGGGCGAGCUGGGAGCGCUGGUGGACCCGCUGCUGUUCAGGGACUACAACGAGGGCGAGCUGAGGGGCCUCGUGCACAUCAUCUUCCUCUGCCUGCACCACCACCCCGAUGACCGCCCCGCCAUGUCCCACGUGGUGCAGCUGCUGGAGGGCGAGGCAGCAGCGCAGGCAGCAGGCGGGCAGAUCACCCUGCCGCACAUUGCAGUCUCUCUGCCGCAGUCCACCCUCCCCCACAUGAGCCCUCCUCAAAUCUGA